GAAUCUGGGGCACCGAAAUGUUUCAACGUCCUGCUGUGGUGACCCCGGACGCGGGAGAUCUAGGCAGGGCAGGGAUCAUCCCAGCUCUGGGAACCCUAGAUGGGUUGUCCAGGGUGGGUUCUCCGGGGGGAGGGUUGCAAUGUGUGGAUGUGGAGGGUAACGUCAAGAGGGUGUUAAGGGCAACUGGCGGAACAAAGGUGACCUUGCUUACAUCUCCCCUCGCAGCUCCUCAAGCUCAAGGUCCAGCGUAGUGUAGUUGUAGUGUAGUUGUAGUGUAGAAGAUACGCACCGUCAGUGUACGUACCGUACCGUACUUCGUCUCUCGUCUCAUACUUACGGCAGUGGCUCUCGUACUAUACCCAUCGCAUAGAAUAA